GCAGUUUUAUUUUUUAGGGGGUUCUCUCUUCUUUCGUGCGCUUGGGUUUUCCUUUCAAAGAGAUCAAAACGAUUUCUUCUUGAUUUUUCCAGAAUUUUUCUCACCAGAUCCAGAGUCGUUUCGUCUAGGGUUUUGAAGGGAUCAGAGCAGUCUUAUUUAUUUAGGGUUUUUUAUGCUCUUAUCUCCAGAUCCAAGUUUAUUUGAUCGAUCCAACCUCAAACCCCUUUUUCUCUCACAUUCUGGUUCCUAAAACCUAUUCAAUGGCUUCUUUUCUCACCUCCCUGAACCUCUUUUCUUUGAAAUCUCUUGAUCUUUCCCCUUUCAAUACUAGAACCUGUGCUCUAUUCCCCAAAAGCCCUUUUUUUUCUAAAACUAAACCCAACAAAAUCGAGAUCCGGCGUUUUUCGCAGGUUCAGGCGGUGGCGAAGUUCAAAGGAACGCAGAUGAGAGAGCAGAAGCUCACAGAGAUGAUCGAGAAGAAGAUCACUGAAGCGAAAGAAGUUUGCAAAGGCGAUCUCACCUCUGAUGAGUGCAAAGUGGCUUGGGAUGAAGUGGAAGAAGUGAGCCAAGCCAAAGCUGAUCUUCGCCGGAAAAUGGAGAAGGAAGACCCUUUAGAGUCCUUUUGCCAAGAGAAUCCAGAGACUGAUGAGUGCCGGAUUUACGAUGACUGAAUAUUUCCGCCCAUAUUGGCGGGAAAUCUUUUGCCCGAUUCAUGUGGAUUCAAAGUUUGCCGGUGAGCGUUUGGCCGGAAUUUAUGUUGAUGCUAUUUCCAGGGUUUGUAAAUUUCCGAGUCUCUUCUAUCUGUACAUACAAUAAAGGACUCUUCUUUCUCCAUG